ACUUGCUAUAAAGUUAUCGUAUAAAAGCUACGGUCGCCUAUUAUUUUUAAGGAAGUUUAGUGAAGAACCGCGUCCAGAACAGUGCCGUCCUUAACAAAAAGCGCCAAAAUGAGAUUAAGUACGACGGCAAUGAUUUUGAGUGUAUUUUUUAUCUCGCAUAUCGCGGUUGAAAGUAAAAAAAUGAACAUAGAGGAGUUAAAAAAGAUGUCAAAACCAAUGAUGAAUUCUUGUCAAAAGAAAACGGGAGUGAAAACUGAGGAAUUGGAAGCUGCUGAAAAAGGUACUUUCCCAACAGGGAAUAAGCCUCUUAUGUGUUACUUUAGGUGUCUUGCAGUUAUGUUCAAACUGACCGACAAAGACGGAAACAUAUCUCUUCACCAUUUGUUGCAUCAAAUUGACUUAUUGGUAAUAGAUGAGAUUGCAGCGGGUGUCAAUGACAUGUUGCAGUUCUGCUUCGAACACACUCCAAAAUUGGAAGACUCUUGCGAAUACAUCUACGAACUCGUAAUAUGCAUGCACAAACGAAAUACAGAGAUGAACUUCUUUGAAGGAUCCUUACUGAGUUAACUUGAUUAACGAGCAUCAUCGUCGUGAAAGAUUUCAAUGAAAGCUAAAAAUAUGCGUCAAUCGUGAAAUGAAUUCGUCAGUAUUGAAAUAUAAAAAACGCCCGUUUCUUACUAAACUUCGCAAGCUUUGAUAAAAUAAACCAUAAUUACUGUUCAUAAGAAAAUAAAUUUUUUUUAAGAAAAUUAGUU